CUCGCACCGCACCUCACGUGUCAACGACGGCAACGUUGCCGUCAUCAUCGGCCUCCCUGCAAGAGACAUGGAAUAAUACAGCCGGUUUACAGUGCUCUAGUGCGACCGCGACUUACCCAGUGCCACGCAGCGGAUGAAUUCACCCUGCACUGCGAGUGUUCCUUUCGAGUAAAGUGAUUGUUGAGACUUCUUAUAAACCGAGGAUUGACCGGUGCCAGAGCAUCAUCCCCUCACCGGAUCGAUUGGGAAUUCCAACGUUUACAUGGCUGUCACUGUUUAUCCUAACGUUAAGCUGGAUUGUACUUCAAUGGGCGAGGGCAACGGCAUCAUCGACCACCACGACGUGCACCCAUCUCUGGUGCCCAUGAACGGCAGCCAUUCCGGGUCGUCGGGCCGUAGCACUCCCAACAACUCGAACGAUCCCGCCCCGGGCAAGCUCUUCGUUGGCGGGCUCAGCUGGCAGACGUCCAGCGAGAAGCUAAAGGAGUAUUUUGGAAUGUUCGGGAACGUCACCGACGUCCUCAUCAUGAAGGACCCUGUCACACAGAGAAGCCGCGGCUUCGGUUUCAUAACGUUCUCUGAACCAUCGAGCGUCGACAACGUGCUAAAGGUGCCAAUCCACACAUUAGACGGCAAGAAGAUAGACCCGAAGCACGCCACGCCCAAGAACCGGCCCAAGCAGCCGAACAAAACCAAAAAGAUCUUCGUCGGCGGCGUCAGCCAGGACACGUCCGCCGACGAGGUCAAAGCCUACUUCAGUCAAUUCGGCAAGGUGGAGGAGACGGUGAUGCUGAUGGACCAGCAGACCAAAAGACACAGGGGCUUCGGCUUCGUCACGUUCGAGAACGAGGACGUCGUCGAUCGCGUGUGCGAAAUCCACUUCCACACCAUCAAAAACAAAAAAGUGGAAUGCAAGAAGGCUCAACCCAAAGAGGCAGUUCAAGCCAGCGCUCAAUUGCUCGGCAAGCGGCUGAUGCUGAGCGGCCUGGGAAUGAGGAUGGCCGCCCCGGCACCGGGAACCAUCGCCGCGGUGAAUCCCCUCGCAACGAUACAAGCUCAGGCCCACGUUCAAGCCGCAGCUGCGGCCGCCGCGGCCGUGCAGGCCCAGUCUGUCGCCGUCGCCGGCUACGGAAAACUCUUUGGGGCAUACCCGCACUUGGCUAGUUACCGUUAUUCGCCUUACCCGAUGACCGCUGUCAGUGCUGGAGUUGGAGCAGCUGGUGCUGGAGGCCAGCCAACCCCGGCCCCGGCAGCUGCGGCCCCGACACUAGCGCCCCCGGUAGCAGCGAGCCCAUACCAAGGCUACAAUCUCACCAACGUGGACAUGUCGAGUUUCCAGGGCGUAGAUUGGGGCUCGAUGUACGGUGUAGGCAUGUAUGUCUGAACGGGGACAAACCACUUGCUCACACUGUUGUUUUGUAUUCAUUGUUUUAAGUGUUUAGGGCCCGGAGGUGGCCCGACGGACUUCCAAACGAUACAUUUCCAAUUGUCAAUGGCGGCGUCUCGUGCCUAUUCUCAGUGUGUUUUAAAAUGAUUCGACAAAAACUGUGUAUAUAGGGUCACAUUGCGAUAUGCUGUGGGCAGUAUAUUUAUGAAGCAUCACACCUGCUUGGUAUUCCUUUCCAUUUGACCGAUGCCGCCUUCUGCUCAUAUGGCAUUUAGCAAUAACUCGCAAUAAUCAGUAUUAAUUGAACGCAGCGUCGUUUAAAUUUCCGUAUUAUAUAUCUGAUAUUCCUGUUGGAUGGCAAUAAUAAUAAAUUAUUUAUAAUCAAGCGGUUAAGUAAUACGGUUGUGUUGAGUGUACUUAAAUUAUUGUCUAGUACUUAAUUUAUUACUUACUAUUUGACUGAAACGGCGGUACGUUUGGAACCAUGUUUGUGUCAGUUAUUCGCUACUUAAUCACGUUUCGUUCUGUCGAUCGAUCUCAUCCGUAUGAUUAGUACUUAAGGUGCGCCAAGUCUUUGCGGAAAUGCUCCUGCCUCCAUAAUUUUUUUUCUCACCGUACAAGAAUACCGCAAAAUUUUGACAUUUCAUUUGCGUGUUUCACUGAAUGUUAUCCCAAAACAAAAGGCUAAUUUGUUGUAAGAGUAUGUAUGCGAUAAUAGAGUGUCUUCAACAAUAUCCGAGUGUCACAUGACCACGAACAAAUAUUUUUUACGUCACGUCUUCUCAACUUUUGUUUAAGAGGGCUCUAUAGCAAAUAAGCAACCAGCAAUAUUAAUAGAUUUU